AUGAACGAGGAGAUGACAAAAAGCGAGGAGCAGCAUCUUAGUUUGCAGAAAGCCUUGCAGCAGUGCGAGUUGGUGCAAAACAUGAUAGACAUAAGCAUUUCUAGUUUGGAGGGUUUACGGACCAAAUGUGCCACAUCCAACGACUUGACACAAAAAGAGAUACGAACGCUGGAGGGGAAGUUGGUGAAGUACUUCAGCCGCCAGCUGUCCUGUAAGUGCAAAGUGGCCUUAGAGGAGCGCAGUGCUGAGCUGGAGGACUUCCCUCGCCUCGGCCACUGGUUCCGCAUCGUCAACUUAAGGAAAGAGGUCACAGAGGAGAUGAGCCCAGGUGAGCUGACCCUGGAGGGCCUGCUGGAGAUGAGUGAGGACCAGGUGUGUGAGCUGUUGCAGAAGUUUGGUGCCAGCGAAGAGGAGUGUGCCAGACUCAACGCCUCCCUGUCCUGCCUCAGAAAGGCCCACCAGCUCGGUAAGGGGAGCCAGGCAAAGCAGGACUGGUCCAUCCAGUGGCCUACCUCUGAAUCGGGCAAAGAAAACACUCCGGUGUGCCAGCCAGAGGCCAGUCAGUGGAUCCGUUUCCAGCUCUCCCAAAGCCCCAAAGUCCAGUCCAAGUAUAACCAGCACAUGUGCCACAGCCCCCAGGCCCUGGCUCCCCCUUUGUACGUUGAUCGACUCACUGUCGACAGUCCCGCCACAGGGCUCUUCCCUCCCUUGGACUCCGGUCAUCGCUCCCUGCCCCCGUCACCCCGCCAGAGGCAUUUUGGCCACACACCUCCUCGGACUCCCUUGGUGAUCAACACCAUGACCCCACCAGGCACUCCUCCCAUGCGGCGAAGGAACAAAGUGAAGGCCCCAGGAACGCCGCCUCCGCCCAGCCGCAAACUCAUUCAUCUGCUGCCUGGCUUCACAGCACUGCACCGCAGCAAAUCCCAUGAGUUCCAGCUGGGGAACCGUUUGGAUGACACACAGACACCAAAAGCCAAGAAGAAGACCAAACCCUUGAACCUUAAGAUCCACAGCAGUGUGGGCAGCUGUGAGAAUCUGCCCACACAACGCUCACCCCUCCACACCGAACGAUCGCUGCGAUCCUUCUUCUUUCCCUCCUUCAUCCCUUCCACACCUCCUGUCCAUGCAGAAACACCCUCUGCAAACACUCUCUCAGUGCCUCGCUGGUCCCCACAGAUUCCCCGAAGAGAUCUGGGAAACUCAAUAAAACACAGGUUUUCCACAAAGUAUUGGAUGUCCCAGACAUGCAUAGUGUGUGGAAAGGGAAUGUUGUUUGGACUGAAAUGUAAAAACUGCAAGCUGAAGUGCCACAACAAAUGCACCAAAGAAGCCCCACCUUGCCAUUUACUGAUCAUACAGCGAGGCGGACGAGAAUCCCUCAAAGCUCGUCUGGUACGGACCGAAUCAGUGCCAUGUGACAUCAACAACCCGCUCAGGUACACAGACCUGCACAUCAGUCAGACGCUCCCCAAAACCAACAAAAUCAACAAGGAUCACAUCCCAGUCCCGUACCAACCAGACUCCAGCAGUAAUCCCUCAUCCACCACCUCCUCCACCCCAUCCUCUCCAGCUCCUCCUUUGCCCAGCAGUGCCACGCCCCCCUCGCCACUACACCCCUCCCCGCAGUCAGCGCGGCAACAGAAACAGUUCAACUUGACAGCCUCCAGUUAUUUCAAAUACAAACAACAGUUCAUCUUCCCAGAUGUUGCUCCAGAGGCUCCUCCCAGCAGAGCGCCGCAGGUCAUCCUGCACCCUGUCCUGUCUGAACCAGGGAAUGAGGGCAACCCUUUACUUCAGAUCGAGGUUGAACCUACAUCAGAUAACGAGGAGGGGAAUGAUGAAGACUCCGGUGACGAGUUUGAGGAGAUGAACCUAUCGCUCCUGUCGGCUCGCAACUUCCCACGCAAGGCCAGCCAGACCAGCAUCUUCCUGCAGGAGUGGGACAUCCCGUUCGAGCAGCUGGAGAUUGGGGAGAUGAUCGGUAAGGGGCGCUUUGGCAAGGUUUUCCACGGACGCUGGCAUGGCGAGGUCGCCAUCCGCUUGAUCGACAUCGAGCGUGACAACGAGGACCAGCUCAAGGCGUUCAAGCGUGAGGUGAUGGCCUACCGCAACACUCGCCACGAGAAUGUCGUGCUGUUUAUGGGGGCCUGCAUGAGCCCACCACAUCUGGCCAUCAUCACCAGCUUGUGUAAAGGCAGGACGCUUUAUUCUGUGGUGCGGGACGCCAAGGUUGUGCUGGAUGUUAACAAGACCCGACAGAUCGCACAAGAGAUGGUCAAGGGGAUGGGCUACCUCCACGCUAAAGGGAUCUUACACAAAGACAUGAAGUCCAAGAAUGUGUUUUAUGACAACGGCAAAGUCGUCAUCACCGACUUUGGACUCUUCACCAUAUCUGGAGUUCUGCAGGCUGGCAGCCGGAGAGAAGACAAACUGAGGAUCCCGAAUGGCUGGCUGUGUCACCUGGCCCCAGAAAUCAUCCAGCAGCUCUCUCCGGACACAGAGGAGGACAAGCUUCCCUUCUCCAAACAGUCGGAUGUCUUUGCUUUUGGCACCAUCUGGUAUGAGUUGCACGCACGUGAGUGGCCUUACAAGAGUCAGCCAGCAGAGGUGAUCAUAUGGCAGAUUGGCAGUGGGAUGAAGCCCAACCUCGCUCAAACUGGCAUGGGAAAGGAGAUAUCAGAUAUUCUGCUCCUGUGCUGGGCGUACAAGCAGGAAGAGCGGCCCAGCUUCUCCAAGCUGGUAGACUUACUGGAAAAGUUGCCAAAACGGAACCGCCGCCUUUCCCACCCAGGGCACUUCUGGAAGUCAGCUGAGUAUGUCAAAUGAGUUAGAGACACAAAACAGCAAACAAUCAGCAACUAUUAAAAAUCAGCCGCCAUAACUCUACAUAAAUAACCCACCUCCUUAAAGAAUGCACUGAAUCCAAAAGCCAGCCCAGUGAUGAAAACUGCCCGUGCUGUGUGUAUUUUCAUGGAAUGUUGGCAUGUGUGUGUACAGAUAAGUUGACUGUCCAGCUUCUCAAAGCAGUCGGGACUCAUACUUUUCUUUGGUUUGAUUUAAACCAUACUGGAUAUCUUUCCUUUAUCUUUUUUGUCUUUUACUAUUGACUUGUUCCCUUCAUAAUAUUUGAUUUAUUUCCUGGAUGUACCUUGCUUGUAACUUUUCGACUGAUCACAUCAUCCUGGACUUAAAACACGUUUGAGAACAAAUGUAGAUUUAUUUUUUUUUCCAUGUCUGUUUUUUGUUGUUGUUUUGAAUGAAUGUAACUGUUGAACAUCACACAUUGUAUAUUUUCAUAACAUUGUUUUUCCAUUCCUUAUGUCUGUCAACUGUGUAGACCGUUUUGUCACUGUUACCUCAUGGUCUCAUGUGUGGAUGUCUGUACAGGUUACAUGUUUGUCUCAAAAGCUUUAUUUAACUUAAAAUGUCCUUUUAUUUACACCGCACCAUUUGAAUGUGAAGAAGCCAGCGUCUCUAUUUGUGCGGGGAUGUGUUGGCACGGUUCUUUGAUGGGAGACUGUUCUCUGAUCAGCCUGCGCUUUGAAUAUUGCCUGUGAACAUGAGCUUGAGACGCUUGAACAAUAACAGCCUUUGAAAAAAAAAAAAAAAAAAAAGAAAGAAAGAAAAAAAAGAAAAAGAAGCCGCUGGUCAGACCAGGACUCCCUCACUUGACGCUGUUCUGUGAAAUCGCUGACACUUGAAAUGUAUCUCGUCAACUGUUGCAGAACUAAUUACCCUUCAGAAAUGCUAUCACUGAGCCCCCCCUCCUCCAUUCCCCAUUUCCCAGAAAUAAAUGUAUUAUUUAUUUUAAAUAGCUAUUGAUAGAUACAGAAUAAAAUAGAUACUAAUUAAAAUCUAAAGCUUGCAACCAUAUAGUCAGUUCAGAAACUUUAAGUUAAUUGACUCGGUACAUGAACUUUGUAGACUCUAAUCCGUGUCAAGGUGUUGAAAAUGACAUGUUAGCUUUCUGCGUAGUAUAUGAAACUGUUUUAUGAAAUAGUUUGAAAUGGAUUAUAGACCUGUUGCCAGUGGGGCUGGGUGUGAGGGCAGGAAUGAUUUGAUUAGGAAAAUUAAGUUUUGAGUUUCCUAGCUCAGUGAUGAUGUGACUGUUAGACACAUAAAGGGAGAGCACAUGACCUUUAAAAGGCAAACAAAAACUCAGAGAAGUCAAAGUAAGCUUUGAGUUUGUUUUUGGCUUGUUAAAAUGUGUCUGGAGUUGCUUAAAAGCAGUGUUGUAGUCACUUUGAAUUGGAGCCUCAUAUUCAAAUCACCUCAUCUUGAAUUUUGAUCCAAAAAAUAAUUUAACUUAUUUUCUUUUAACUUUUAUGAUGCACAUUUUUAAGAAUCAGUGUAUUUCCAAAACAUUUAAGCAACACAUUGCAAGUAAAGUUGACCAUUUUUAAAGAUGGCAUUCUGGAAAGUGGGGAUGUCUGAAGAAGAACUCUUCCAAAUCAUUGCUAGCUGCCUAAAGAAACUUUCCAAUCAUUGAUAAAUUACUUUAAUUAGUUACAAAUGAGCUUGUUGAGGUGUGUUCAGACUGAAUGCAAAGUGAAUUUUAGAGCUAGAGCCUAUUGGAAAAACAGAAGGUUAAGCAAACAUGCUUGAUUCACUCAAGGUGGAGCUAAUUACAGCAAGAUUAUGUAAGUUUUGCUGAGGCUUCAGGAGACAGUUGUGAGACCAGGCUAAGGACAAAACAGCUCCUACCACUAUGUUUAGCACUUGGCUAAAAUGCCAAGCUAUUUUAAGAGAGGUGGAGAAGAGUCACAAACAAGGCAAACUGGCUCAGUAAUAUCAACUGCACCGCAAUGUUUCUCUAAACUUUAUUAGCAUUAGCUAACACUAGGCACCACAAACUACAGUCAAACCAGUCCAAUUCAACUUUCCUUUGUAAGAGGGAGACUGUUAUUUCACAUCUCUUAAGUUGCAUAGGCAAAGACAGGUACAUUGAAAUUAAAAAUGUUUAGCUUAUUUUUAAAAAAAAUUGGACUUGUCUUGGUAUUGACUAGGCUACUCUUGAUUACAACACUGCUGAAAAAGUGACUAUUGGACAAAUUAAUCUUAUACUUGCCUCCUUGUUUAUAUAUAUAUAUCUUUAAAGAUUUUAUUUACACAAACCUAAAGAGGUAAAUUGACUUCUUGGAUUAUAAAGUUAAAGUAAGAAGUAAGUAACUUAAAUCUGGCUGAACUUUCCCUUUAACAUAUCAGAAGAGACAUAUCAGGAUGCUGAAGACCAGCCCAGGCCAUUUUUCUACAUACUUCAUGCUGUAUAUCGUAAUAUAUUUUAAAUGUAUGUUUUAGAGACAAAUCUGAGUCAUAUCAUCAUGAAUUGGAAGUUGUGGCGUCAUUCGAGCUGUAUACUGCUUUUGAUUCUCUCUAGCCACGUUGAAUAGACAGAGACAAUCCAAUCAUGUUAAAUAGCCAUUUUCCACUUCAUUAUUUACACAUCAGCCAGUGUUGGAAAAUGCAUACAAACAAUCUGCUGCUGUUUUUUGGAGUCUGUCUAUUUUGGAAUUGCUGGGAUACAAAUAUUGUAAGUGGAUCAUUUAUAUUUGUACUGUUUACAACUUUCAAGUGCAUGAGAUGGACUAUCAAAGAUUGAUUCUUGUUAUGAAAAAAAAAAAUCCUUCGACACUAUAUAUAAAAAGUAUGUGAGCAUUUUCUGAUGAACUAUUGUCCAUUGAGCAGUUUGAUCUCAAUACCUAAUGAAGUUUUACGUCAGGCUUUGCAAAACUUUUCAACAGCUUUGUUUGAGAUUGUUUCAGUAUAUUUAUAGAUUAUAUAAAUGAUUAGACUAGCAUUUAAAUAAGAAGAGUUACGACCUGUGCACAUGCUAGAGUUGACAACCCGACUGGACAACAAUCAAAGAUCUAACAUUAGUGCCAAGUGUACAUAACAGAUUGUAGACUAUGUUUUAUCGUCACUUGCCGUAAUACCAAUAUUCCUUGUGAAUUUUUUGACUUCUUUCUUUUGAAUGUACAAAUUGUGUUGUGUUUUUUGGUUGUUUUUUUGUUUUUGUUUUUUGUUCACUUAAAUUUCUUUUCCUCCAUUUUCCUUCUAAUUGCAUAAGCACUGAUGCCGUGUGGUUCUUUUCCCCUUGAU